AUGAGGCUCUACGCAUUUGGCUCAAACGGAUCAGGCCAGCUAGGCAUCGGCCACACGGAAGAUGUCUCAGCACCCACGCAAUGCCUGUUUGAUGCCGGACUAGCUCCAGAGGAUACAAUUUCCCACCUUGUCGCAGGUGGAAACCACACUCUCCUCCUGACGCGGUUGGGUCGCGUGUAUGUAGCUGGUUGUAACGCGGACGGUCGAUGCGGUCCACUCUCAAGUGAUGAUUCAAAGCAUAUCGAGCAGAAUUUGCUCAGGUUCAAAAGGGUGAUUUUAACCGACUCUGCGACGGGGUGGAGCGUUGAUACCUUCAGAUGUGUGUCUGCGACGUGGGAAGGGAGUGUUCUUGUUGCUGCGGUGCCGAGUGGUCCAGAGAAGGACCUUUACGAGGAUAAGGUCUUUGUCAUGGGAUCGAGUCCCAAGGGGGAACUGGGCGUUGAGACGGGCCCAGCCUGUCAGACGGUUGAUCCUGGAUGCUCAAUUCCAAGCUUCCCGCCAAAAGGUACUGAGAUUAUCGCACUCGCAAGUGGAAUGGGACAUUCGAUCGCUAUUCUUUCAAAUGGCCGGGUCUACGGCUGGGGUGGUUCACGAAAGGGCCAAUUGGGUGAUGGCCUCAAAGCGCAGAAACUUGUCUUCAGGCCGACAGAGAUUCAAGGUGUCCCAUUUGCUGCGCAGAGCGCCGUGUGCGGACGCGAAUUUACUGUGAUUUGUGGCGAGCGCAGCCAGGGCGAAUUUGUGGUCCUUGGGGAAAAGACCAAUCGCUGGGGGAUCUUGAACGUGCCCUCGGGUCUACAGCUUCCUUCGACAGAGACACAUGACCAGUUUCUUGUGCCAUUUUCUGCUAUUGGGGCGAGUUGGCACGGGAUCUAUGUACAUACCACUUCCCAAGGUGCAGAUCGCGCGGCGAACCGCGGUCGCUUGAUUGCGUGGGGUCGAAAUGAUCGCGGUCAGCUUCCACCAGAGGGGCUGCCAUCGAUCGUCAAAAUGGCGGUUGGGAGCGAGCAUGUGCUGGUUCUGAUGCAUGAUGGCACCGUUGCUGCAUUUGGUUGGGGGGAGCAUGGAAACUGCGGUCCCGAAACCGACGACCGAGGCAAUGUUGCUGAGCGCUUCAGCCAGAUUCCACUGGACACGGUCGUAGGUGGCGAUAAACGAGUGGUUGGCCUUGGUGCUGGAUGUGCAACAAGCUGGAUAUUAGUGGAUUGA